AUGCGGCGUGUCUCACUUCGAGUGUGUGGGGCACCACCCAUCGCAGCCUGCCGUGGGGCGGGGUGCGGAUCGGUGAGGGGAAAUAUGCAGCAGGAGCAGACCGUGCGGUGGACGUGGAUCUGCCCCGCCCUUCGCGUUGCAGCUGUGCGGCUGGCUUCUCCUCCGCGUGCCUGUCUCUCUCGCACGGUGGGUGCGUCGUGCUUUGCCUGCGGUGUGUGUGCGGAGCUUUUUUGUUGCUCUUCACCCACGCACGUGCGCGCGUGUUUUGAAGCGGAUAAUAAAUGGGGUGUGCGGGGGUU